AUGUUAGAAUCUUUAACAGAAUUUUCUAACACAUGUGCUUGUUGCUAUAAGCAAAAAAAAAGAUGCAAACGUAAAGGAGAGUAUAGGUGUGAAAUAUGUAAGAAGAGACAAACGGAAUGUUUGGUCCAAUGUAUAAAGUGCUAUAAACAAAAUAAGGAAAACAAAGAUCAGUUUCCUCAAUGCGCUCAUUGUAAGUUUCAUUAUCUAUUAGAUCCACCAAUUGAAUAUAACUUUAUUGAAGAAGAUGGUAAAGUGUACCUUGAUUUUGGUGACGGACUUAAAUUUUAA